GGAGGGAAGUCGACCCCCACUCCCCCAUGCCGGCGCGCCUUUCAGCACUGCCAUGCUGGACAGCGCCGGUGGGCGGAGCUUUGAGGAGGCGUGGCAUCCUUAAGUCUCGCCCAGCCGUUGGGGGGCCUGUCGCCACGUGACCGGCCGUUGCAAGUGGACGGGGCCUCGACCCGUUGCCACGGAGAUGGCGUCUAUUUAUCCUUUCCCAUUGGCCAGACCGUUGCGGUGGGCGUGGCCUCGCGCCGUUACCACGGGGACCGCUCCGCUCGCUCCCAUCCUCGCUCUGCCGUUGGCCGCGUCCUUCCCGGUACCGGCGGGAGCCGCGCUUCCCAUGGCGGCGGCGCUGGAAGCGGCGCUGGGCACCGCGUGCUGCUGGGGGCUUUCCCCGGCUCUCGACCUCCACCAGCACCUUCUGGACGCCGGCGGUGGCGAUGUGACGGCGCUGCUCGUGGGGGCGGCGGAGGGGCGGCACGUUUUGCUCACUGCCUCGCGGGCACACCGGGAGCCUCGCUCUGCCAUCACCAUCUUCGUGGCCGAGCAGCGUCCCGAGGCGGUGGCUCGGCAGCUCCUCUUCCUUCUCCUCGCUACCACCGAGCCUGCAGGGAGCACCGGGCUGCGGGCCCGCGCCGCCGCCCUCCUGGAGCUGCUGGGGUCCGUCCGCCUCCGCCCGUCCACCGCCCGGCUCCUGGAGGGCGCUGCGGGGCGGCUACGGCGGUGGGUGAUGGAGGGGGGGGCGGAGGUGGACGGACCCCCCAUGGAGGUGGAGCUGAUGAAGAGCAGGGAACGCGAUGCGUUGGACGCGGUGCUGAGGGGAUGGGAGGGGGGGCACCGGAACCCCCCCCGGGACCCCCAUCGUGAUUGGGACCAACGGCUGCGGCGGCUGCACGGGGUUCGCUAUGACGCUCGGGCAGCAUUGGCGGACUGGGACCUCCGGAUGGAGCUGCAUCAGCGGGGGGCGACCACCGUCUCCCCCCCCGAAUUCGCCCUAUGGAGGAGCAGCGGCAUCGCCUUCAUCCCCCGAGCAGGGGGGGGAGAAGUCGGCAUCCCAAACCCCACCCUGCAGAGCGGCCGCUGCCCUCGGGCUGACGGACAGCCGGGGGCAGAGCGGGGGUUCUGGGGGGACGUCGUUACCGGCCCCUUCCUCAUCUUCGGCCUCACCCGGAUUGGAACCGAUGAGAAGACGGCCACGGAAAUCUCAGUGGCCAAAGUCACGGAGCUGCUGUGGGAGCUGCAUAGCAGGGGGGGCUGUGAGGAACCCCCCCGGGAUGAAGGUGAUGAGGAUGGGGAUGCGGAUCCCCCCGAGGAACCCCUGUGGGAUGGGGGCAGCCCCCUGCGCCCAGCGCUGCCCCCCUCGGUCCGGAUUCGAUUUCUGCCCCUCGGUUCGGCUCAGCGCCCCCCGGUUCGGGCGGGGUUGGAGCAGCGCUGCGGGGUCAUCGUGCUGGGCUGGAGCUUCGUUCCCGUCCUGCGGCCGCCGCAGAUCGAGGCGUUCCGGGCACGGGCGGCAGCGUUGGCGCUGGGGGGGGGCUUCGAGCCCUGGGGGGGGCCGGAAGUUCCCCUGGGUUACGCGCGCUUCCGGCGCAGCCCCCCACCCUGA